AUGGCUGCAAUGCUUGAAUUCCGAACCCAAGGGUACAAUCCCUACGCUGUCAAGUAUUCCCCGUACUACGACUCGCGAAUUGCCGUUGCGACGUCUGCCAACUUUGGCAUUGUGGGCAAUGGUCGGGUAUUUGCGCUCGCUCUGACGGCGCAGGGUGUACAAGUUGAGAAAACUUUCGAUACAAACGAUGCGCUGUACGACUUGGCUUGGUCCGAGAUUAACGAGAACCAGUUGAUUGUUGCCUGUGGCGAUGGGUCGUUGAAAUUAUUUGACUUGGGAAUUGACGAUUUUCCGGUUAUGAACUUUCACGAACAUAAGCGAGAAACCUUCUCCGUCUGUUGGAACCCUAUAACCAAGGAUACUUUCAUAUCGAGUUCCUGGGACGGCACAGUCAAGAUUCACAUCGUUCUGCCCCUCCAACCCCGCCUUGAUAUCCGCCGUCUCGUCCGACUCCCACCUCCGAAUCUUCGACCUCCGAACGCCAUCUUCGGCAAAGUAUCACCUCACGGCGACGAUACCGGUCCACGCUUCUGGGCCGCAACCGUCACCCGGGGCUUCUGCGCCUGCCGAGAUUCUUACUCACGAUUGGAAUAA